AUGCGGAAUCUGCUUCAUGGCGACGUAACCGCUGCGGCUAUGCGGGGCAAAUCAUUGCCACUCGCUAGUCGACUGCUGACAGCGGCAAGCCCAGGAACCAAGUCGCUGGACACCGGCAACCAAGGCACGUUGGCAGUAACAGGCGGUGGGGUCAGCCCUAGUAGUUUUACUUUGAAAUUGGCGAUGGCGGACAACGAGCGCCCCGGCAACGAGCCCACCGUGAGCGCCUGGCAGCGCUGGGUCUGCCUGCCCUUCGGUGUGUUCAACGGUCCGGCCAUCUUCUCCGGCCAAGCCGCUGGGGUGGCGCCCCGCGGCGCCAGCACCUCCCCGCAUCCGGAGCGCAACGGCCAUGAGAGCGCCGAGCAGCCCAAGGCGGCCAGCUGCGGAAAUGACGACUACGUGAUCGUGGGGCCGCUGCCCGCUGCUGCCGACACUGUUGAAGGGGAGGGCGCCGCCGGGGCCUCCGAUGACGGGCGGGCCCCUGCUGGCCAGGUGGUUGCCCACGCAGCGGAUAUUUCGCCACCCGGCAACCCGUCAGAGGAAAGCGGCCCAGCGCCCUCGGCGGGCAACACCCCCACCGAUCAAGUUAAUGAUGCUGUGCAGGCUGUGCAGGCUGAGCAGGCUGAGCAGGCUGUGCAGGCUGAAGCGCCCAGCCCUGAGAACAACCGUGCAAUUCGAGGGGCACGAAGCGGAGAACAACUAGGGCGAACCCCAAUGGGAUUUCAUCCGCACCCACGGCCACGGCCGUGGAAGGAGCGCCGGCGACAGCAGCACUGCCGGGGGCACCAGAAGCAGUAG